AUGACGCGGAUUGACAUUCGUUACUUUCUUCCCGUCUUCGGCAAUUCUUUGUUGAACCGGAGAGACAAACGCAGAGAGCGCGAAAACAGAAUCACUUGGUGCUACUACCAUCAGCAGCAGCAUCACCGCGUCUUCUUCACCGCCUCAGCGCCGCCCCCCGGUUCUUUGCUGCCCUUUGCAGCGUGCCCAUCGACUACAAACCAAAUCGGGGAAUUGCUCAAACAAAUGCAAAACAGGGAUCUUCCACAGCAGCAGCAGUUGUACGACGUGUACGGCGUUCUCGCGAAGUAUCAUAAGAAAUUCCAGCAGCCCACAGCAGCAGAAAAACUGCAACCGCCCGAUCAAUAG